AGCAGUAUUUUCAAAGAGGGAUAAUUUGUGUCAUACUGACAGACAAUACUCAAUUUUACAAAUUAGAAGCCAUACAAAUAUGGAGAAUCAAACCUCAAAGAGCCUGAUCAAUGGACAGCUUCAAGAAAUCCUGUAUUAUGUUUCGCAUGAAACAAAAACUGGUAUAUAAUUCAAAACAGCCACCUGAAAAAAGAAGUGGACAUAUAUCUUUUAUUAUAAAAUAUAUAUUUGAAAUACAGAUAACAAUUCAUAUGACUCCCCACUACACUCGAGAGCACCCUCCCCCCCAGCCGUGGCGAACAUACUGCCAUUGGCCGCUGUCCAGUGCCGAGUCGUGCUGAUUGGCUGGCACAAAUUGUAACCUCUUACAAUUGGCCCUAUUAUUUGCUGCACGCCCCACACCGCCCUCACUGCUUUGGAACAGGGUGGAGCAGUGGACACACACAGAGAGAGAGAGGAAGGUGAUGCAAGCUGUGUAGCGGUUCCAUCAGAACAGUAUCAGGCCACCCAUCAUGAACGGGCCCAUGCACCCGCGCCCCCUGGUGGCGCUGCUGGACGGCCGCGACUGCACUGUGGAGAUGCCCAUCCUGAAAGACGUAGCAACUGUGGCCUUCUGUGACGCUCAGUCCACUCAGGAGAUCCACGAGAAGGUGCUGAACGAAGCUGUAGGAGCUCUGAUGUACCACACCAUCACUCUGAUGAGAGAAGACCUGGAGAAGUUUAAAGCUCUGCGUAUAAUCGUCCGCAUCGGCAGCGGCUACGACAACAUUGACAUCAAAUCAGCCGGGGAAUUGGGCAUCGCUGUAUGUAACAUGCCAGCGGCCUCGGUGGAGGAGACGGCCGACUCCACGCUGUGCCACAUCCUCACCUUGUACCGACGCACCACCUGGCUGCAUCAGGCUCUCCGGGAGGGCACGCGGGUUCAGAGCGUGGAGCAGAUCCGAGAGGUGGCGUCUGGCGCGGCGAGGAUCAGAGGGGAGACACUGGGACUCAUCGGACUCGGUCGAGUGGGCCAGGCCGUCGCCCUUCGAGCCAAGGCCUUUGGCUUCAAUGUGAUCUUCUAUGACCCUUAUUUGGCAGACGGAGUAGAAAGAUCGCUGGGACUGCAAAGGGUCACCACACUACAGGACCUGCUCUUCCACUCUGACUGCGUCUCUCUGCACUGCAGCCUGAACGAACACAACCACCACCUGAUCAACGACUUCACCAUCAAACAGAUGCGUCAGGGGGCGUUCCUGGUCAACACAGCCAGGGGGGGUCUGGUGGACGAGAAGGCCCUGGCUCAGGCUCUGAAGGAGGGGAGGAUACGUGGAGCAGCUCUGGAUGUUCAUGAGACAGAGCCUUUCAGUUUCAGUCAGGGCCCACUGAAGGACGCCCCCAAUCUCAUCUGCACCCCGCACGCUGCCUGGUACAGUGAACAGGCGUCGCUGGAGAUGAGAGAGGAGGCAGCCAGGGAGAUCCGCAGGGCUAUCACAGGUCGCAUCCCAGACAGUCUGAAGAACUGUGUGAAUAAGGAGUUCCUCACACAGAACAACCACUGGACAGGAGUCGACCCGGCCACCGUCCACCCCGAGCUCAACGGGGCUUACAGGUAUCCCCCAGGGGUUGUCAGCUUGCCAGCCGGUGGCCUCCCGCCUCCAGUUGAAGGCAUUGUGCCCAGCGCCGUGCCCAUCACACACACCCUCCCACCCGCUAUCACACACCCUCCUCAUGCUCCAUCUCCUGGACAAAACACAGUGAAGCCACCAGAGGGCGACAGAGAGCAGCAUCUGAACGACCAACUGUAGCCACGCACACACACAAACACACACACGCACGCCUGCCCGGGUUGUAUGGCAACUGGAGGAGGUCGGCAUGGCAACCGGUGUCAAAGCAGUACGUUCCCUAAUGACAUGUUAUCAGACAGGUUCACAGAGCAUCACAUCCACAGGAUGAGGUCCCAAAAAACUAUCGAUUCAAAACUCUCCCUGGCAAAUGGUUCCCUGCUGCCACUCCACACUCAGAAGAGGAAGAAGAGGAGGAUGAGUAGUGGAUAGCCGUCAAAUGUUUUAAUGAAAGCUCAAGACAGUUGUCCACAUACCAAACCAGAAGUCCUGAUAAAGACUGCAACAUUCAAGGUCAGCAGGUUGACGUUCACAUAACAACUUUAGUCGAGUUUUAAAAUUGUUUACUCUGCCAGAAGAAGAAGAACUAAAUAAAUAUUAACUAUCUCUUGAUUUGAAAAGAACAAAAAAAACACUAAAUCAAAUUCUGCUGUCUUAGACUGUAGUGUGUCCAAAGUUAGAGGAGCACCUCUCAUGUCUUUCUCUCCUUAUUCUGUUUUUUUCUUCUCCUUAGUUUGAUGUACAAGCAAAAAUGGUAGGUUAUGAAAUGAAUGAAACCUGUCUGUGUACAGUUUUUAGAAACCUGCGUUAAGAAGAUACUGAUAUAUGUAUUCCACUCUUACACAAAAACAAGAGUUACAGUGUGUGUUCUCUCUCUGUAGCCAAACUGGUUUGAGAAUACAGUAUCUGUUUGUUUUGUUCUGUAUGUCCCCAAAUUAACAAGCCCCCCAACAAAAAAGGCAGCUUUUUUGCACACCACCUCAGGAAAUUACAUUUCCGCAAGAUGGUAUGUUAUUACUUUUGUUCUGUUUAAAAAAAGAAAAAAAACAUUUUUUUUAUGCCACUUUGUGCUUUUGUUUUUCUACCUGCUUGCCUUUUGGUGUCCCACUACAUUAGAAAAAAAGAACUUUAACAAGCGCGAAAGCCGAUCUAAAGUUUGCUUUUGUUUGUCACGUUAAAGGGGCAUGUGACUUUGCUCUUGGACUUGUGUAAAUGUUUGAUCCCAAAUUGAGGGAGUUGUGGGAGGAAAAGGCUGUCGGAAGGUGGCAAAAUGGUAUGCUUGGCAAAGGGGCGACUUCAUCCCCGGUCGCAAUUUUGAAUCGCAAAAUUGAGUGGUUGUGUUAAUCACAGCAGGUUGUCCAUGUACGCAUCUUUGUCUUCUUCUCGUGCAACGAUCCAGUACUUCCGCUAUCACAGAGGAAUCGUCCAGCUCAUGGAGCACGAACAGUUCAGCACACCGAGGUUUACAAACGAUGCACAACAUUGAUGAGUCAGUGUGUGUGUGGCUUCUUGCUGCUAAGUAAGUAUUUUACAGAAGUUGCUCUUUUAGCUCUGGAUAUAUGACAAAUCAACCAACAGACUUGUGGAAAAACUACAUUAGGAAAAAAGAAAAAUGUUAUUCAACUGCACUACCUUCUGCCAAAACCCCUUUCGCUUCCUAUUUGAAGUUCAGUUCACGUGUACAGACGUCACAUUCAGUUAAGGACGGGCGAAGGUUACUGAGGGCAGGUCAAACCAAAUCUUCGUAUUUUUGAUCGGCUCCCAAGUCCAGCUUUUGAGAACUUAAAAAAUACUUCAUGGCUUGUCAGUUAAAACAGCUUUCUAAAAGAGGAACCUGCUUGUGAAAACCCCCCAAAAAACGUGAGACAUCAUAUAUGCAGAGGGAAGUAAAGAUGUUUAAUGGUAGCAUGUCAGAAUGUAUGGAUUGCUCCAGUGCGUAGUAUCCCUUUAACAUUUCACGACGGCUCCUUCCUGAGUAUACCGUUUAGCCACCUUCUGUGGCCUCCGUGUCUAUGUGUACAUAUGGUGUUCUGCCUGCCUGUGUCAAUGUGACUUGGUUGUAUCUGUGUCCAAAAAAAAAAAAAAAAAAAAGCAGCACUGGGAGAAGGGGUGGUGGCUAGUACUCGAGUACACGAGGCGUCAUUAUAAAAACUGCCAUCUAAGUAUGAUGUUAAGAAAAAAAACACUUAGGCCAGUAAUUCAAAUUUUCAUGUCAGAGGUCAAAUAUGUGAAACCCCUUUGCUAUCAGGAAUAUUGAUAGACGACUGCAGCUCGUGCGUUGUUGAGGUCAGCAGGCCAGCUAAAGGCGACGGUGCUGUCUCGAUCCCCUUCUACCAGCAGCUGAGUUGUAAAAAAAAAAAAACAGUUCACUGUUGCCUACCUGGUUGUCGUCAUGGUGAGGUAGCGAGCGUAGCAAUCAGGGAUGGAAAUUUCACUAGCCAUCUGUGAGUAUCGUGUAGCCCGGGCCAAUGUCGAGUUUUCACUAGCCAGCAUCUGAACGGGGAGUCUGGUACAGAUGACAGGUUAAAUAUCACCGUCAGGCUACAACCCUAAAAUCCUGAGAGGAAAUAGUCGCUGACAUAGUUUGAACCUAGAUCUUUAAUCUUUCCUCACCAGAUGCCUGACGUUACGUGUGUGUGUGUGGGGGGGGGGGGGGGGGGGGGACUCUUUGGUCGUACUUCCCAAUAUAAACUCUAAGCAUUCCUUAUUCAAACCAACGGGUGCCACAAUUAAAAACAGCGGAGUAAGCGUUCAAAGCGCAGAGGUGCUCCUUGAAAUUCCAUCCCUGGUAGUAACAUACAGUCCACUGUUGCCUACUUUCGUUCCCUCUUAUGGUAAAGUAGUAGGCGUAGCAAUAUACAGUAUACAUAUUCUAUAUUCUACAGUAAAUAUCAUUAUUUUUGGUCGAAACCUGACAACCUGACAAAGAUAUGUUUGUGACUGUAUGCAUUUGUAUGAAUUAUUUUAAAAGGAAAUAAACUGUGGAAAGGUGAAA